AUGGGGAAGAAGCCAGCACGUGAAGUGAUCCGAGAUAUUCCCAUUGAUGAUGAGGGUGACUCGAACAUUAUAAAUGUGAAUCAAUCUCGAGAUGGUGGUGCCGAAAAUAAUGUGCUCAAGUUAUUGUUAAGUGAUAGGUAUGAUAACUUGUCUUACGCGUUUGAAUAUGUUGAUACACUCAGGUUUCUUAGAAACAAACGUCAGGAAACAGGGACACCCUUGAACGUGCCAUUAGGUGGACGUUUGGUGGUUCAUAAAGGAACUUUGAUCAAAUAUGGUGUUUUAAUGUUACACUCAGCACAAUGUCAGUAUUUAGGAGCUUGUGAUGAUGACAAGACAUUGGUGGAACGGCUCAAUUCAGGGACUGUGCAAAAGAACAUCAGCUUGCUUCAAGAUGAAGUAAAGAAAAGUAAAUUCUACAAAAGCUAA